GAACUUAGUCUCCCUUAUCAGUUAACUUCAACAUCUCGAAGAAUAUAUCAACCCCAAGUGUCUUCUACGACAAUACUAAAGCUUAUUCAAAAUGAACAAUCAAUUAAUAAUUUCAUUUUUCUUCUGUUUGUGUAUGGCUGCUGUCUUGGGUCAAUCGAACCCAACUUUCAAUUUCAAUCCACCACCAAAUAAUGAACCCAGUAGAUUCAAUCUAGAUGGAACUUCAGUUGGUGGAAGUCGUGGUCAAGGAUAUGAUGUUAAUGUAAAUUCUAAAUUCCCAUUAUGGACUAGUCAAAGUGGCCGUAAUACUCUUGAUGGGACAGCACAGUUUCAACAGCAUAUGGGUGGUCCAUGGGGAAACAGUCGUCCAAAUUAUGGAGGUGGACUUAUAUUCACACAUCGUUUUUGAACAUCUUUAUUAAAUAUAAUUAACUGUUGAUUGGUUUAAAAUAAAAAUAAUUUAUUAAUUAA